AUGUCUGCUUACUUAGCUGGGCAUCAUCCAUCAGAAGGCUGUCGUCCUGAGUCAGCCUUAGCUCAUGCUGACUCAUCGUGCUCACAGGGGAUGCCAGAUACCCCGGGCACAGGUUUGGACAAAUCCAGACAGGGCGAGAGCUCCUGCGAAGGAGGCUGCGGUGGAGGCGCUCGGCGCUCGGCUGCGGCGGCCUGGCGGCUAUCUGCUCUUCUCUCCCUCUCAAGAUGGCGGCGGUCGGCGGCACUGAGGCGGGAGCCUGGCCCGCGGAGUGAAGAUUGCUUUGAUGGUGACCGAAGUUUGGAGGACAUAGGACUGGCAGCUGGCCGGAGCCAACGAGAGAAGAAACGUUCUUACAAGGAUCUUUUAAGAGAAGAAGAGGAGAUUGCUGCUCAGGUCAGGAAGUCCUCCAAGAAGAGGCUGAAGGAGAGAGAUCUCUUCUCCCUGGGCACGGACACGCACAAGAGGAGGAGGAAGCAUUCCUCCGGCGAGUCCUGCUAUGGAGAUCUUUCUCAUUUGGAGUCGUCACAGAAGAAAAAGAAGAAGGUGGUACCAAGUCCCCCAUCCUCCGAUACAGCCAUGGACCUACUAAAGGCCAUCACAUCCCCCCUGGCAACAGGCUCCAAGCCCCCCAGAAAGACUGGGGAGAAAUCCUCGUUUUCUUCCUUUAGCUCCUCAAGCUACUCAGAAAGCAAAAAGGAGCAGCACCCCAGGAAAAAAGUGAGCAGCAGCAGUGGGGAGCUUUCCCUUGAGGACAGCGGCUUCCACAAGGCCAAAAAAAUGAAGCCUCUUUAUGUUAAUACCGAGACCUUGACCCUUCGAGAGCCAGAUGGCUUAAAAAUGAAACUUAUUCUCUCACCCAAGGAGAAGGAAGGUAGGACAGGUGAUGAGGAACCUUUUCAGAAUCCUCCUCAACAGGGGACAACCAAAAAAUCCUCCAAGAAAUCAGCUCGGGAUGAGCAGGGCACUUUUCUCCUUGGGCAUGAGCUGCACAGUUUCCUAAAAACAGCCAGGAAGAAGCACAAACAAGCCAGCCCCGACCAACAUCCCUCUCCUGGACGGGAAGGCUUUGGGUCAGAUGCUUCCAUCUUUCCAGAGUCACACGCCGCUGACUAUGAGCUCUCAAAUGUUGAACCUGCCCUGGAGUCAGGCUCAUCCUCCAGGGGUGAGCUAGAGGCCGGUGAACUAGUGAUUGAUGACUCUUACUGGGAGAUUAAGAAGAAGAAGAAAUCCAAGAAGAGCAAAAAACAGAAGGACAAGGAGAGGCACAAGGAGAAGCGCCACUCCAAGUCCAAGAAGGGCCCUGGACUCUCUACUGCAGUCACCACUGUGGGAGAGGCCACGAGCACCAGCCCUGCACCCCCACCCCCUACCAGCACGCUUUUCCCUGGAGCUGUACCUCCACCACCACUGCCACCACCACCACCACCUCCACCACCACCACCAGUCUUCCACACUGAUGGACAGAGUGAGAAGAAGAAGAAGAAAGAAGAGAAGGAGAAAGAAAAGGCAGAGAAAGCAGAAAAGGUAAAGAAUUGGCCGGCUAGGUUGAAAGUAGCCUUGGACAACUUGCUUGAGGCUCUCUAGGGCCAGAGGAGUUCCCUUAUUAAUCACUAACAGCUUCUCUGCACUCAGAUGCUCUCCCACCACAUCCCCAUGGAGCUGCCAGGGCUGGCUCGGGCCAGUGCCGAGGAUGGU